AGUAGACACCACGCGGAGUCGGGUUUAUAGAGAGGCAUUUCUUCGUUUCGUCCGAUUAUUCUUUGUUGUUUUGGUUCGGCCUCAUCUGGUGGAGAGUAGGGAGUGGUUUCCCAACGUCGUUUUUGCCAUCGUUAGGGUUUCGUCGACGAGAUGGACGACGGUAAGCCGAGGAAGGAGGAGUCGAGGCGGAGCGAUCGGGAAAGGGCUAAAGAGGAGAGGAGCGGCGACCGCCACCGCGAUAGGGACAAGCACCGGGACCGGGACUCUGAGCGCGGCGAUCGCGAGAGCCGGCGGUCCGAGCGGGAGCACAGCGUCGAGGGCAAGCAUCACCGUGAUUCUCGCCACAAAAAGGAGAGGGAGAGAGAGAGGGAGAGGGAGAAGGAGAAGGAUAAGGAGCGCACCAAAGAGAGGGCCAGAGAUCGGGAGAAGGAGAGGGAUAGGGAUAGAGAAGACAGGGAUAGGGACAGAGAGGAGAGGGCGAGGGAGAGGGAGAAGGAGAGGGAAAAGGAGAAAGCCAGGGAGGAUAGAGAAAAGGAGAGGGAGAGGGCCAGAAAAAGGGAGGAGAAGGAACGAGAGAAGGAGGAUAGAGAGAGGGAAAGAGAAAGAGAGAGGGAGAGGGCAAAGGAGAAGCGGCGGGGGCUGGAAAGUGACGAGGAGGGCCAUGACAGGAAGCGCCGAAGGAGGGAUGACCACCGUGACCGUGAUCGUGAGCAGAGCAGCCGGGUCGACAGACACCGGGAAGGGAGUGAGGAUAACAGGAAGAGCCGGGCCGUUGAGGAGGAGAUGGAUAAUAAGGAAACUAAGACUCGUGAGGAGGUCCUGGAAGAGGAGCAGCGGAAGUUGGAUGAAGAAAUCGACAAGCGGCGACGUAGGGUCCAGGAGUGGCAGGAGAUGCGGAGGAAGAAGGAAGAGGAGGAGAGAGAGAAGAUGGGUGACGGCAAUGGCAAGGAGGAGGAAGCCAAGUCUGGCAAGAAUUGGACUUUGGAAGGGGAGUCUGAUGAUGAGGAAACUGCAGCUUCCUCAAAGUCUGACAAGGGCAUGUCUGUUGAUGGAGAAAGUCCCAAGCCGAUAGAUGGAGAUGGGGAAGCUAUGGCUGUGGAUCCUGUGGAUGAAGACGUUGUUCCUCAGGACUCUGAAGAAGGAAAUGAUAAUGGUGAGGAAGAAAUUGACCCGCUUGAUGCCUUCAUGAUGUCCACGGUAUUUCCUGAAGUUGAGAGGUUGCAGAGUGCUGAGCUUGCGGCCAUGCCUGAUGAAAAGAAAGCCUCCCCUGGAAAGGCUUCUAAGGAAGUUGUUAGUAAUGGUGGUCGGCAGAGAAAAGGUGAGAAGAAUGCAAUGGGGAGGAUAAUUCCAGGUGAAGAUUCUGAUCCUGACUAUGAGGAUCUGGAGAAUGAGGAGGCUGCUGUGGAGGAUGAAGAUGAUGAAGAGUUCAUGAAAAGGGUCAAGAAGACGAAGGCUGAAAAGCUGUCAAUUGUGGACCACUCAAAGAUCCAGUACUUACCUUUCAGGAAAAAUUUGUACAUUGAAUUGAAGGAGAUCUCAAGGAUGUCAGCCGAGGAGGUUUCAGCCUACCGCAAGCAGCUUGAACUGAAGAUACACGGGAAGGAUGUGCCUAAGCCGAUUAGGACAUGGAGUCAGGCUGGACUGGGUACCAAAAUACUGGAUACAAUUAAGAAGCUUAACUUUGAAAAGCCUAUGCCCAUUCAAGCUCAGGCACUCCCCAUCAUCAUGAGUGGACGGGACUGCAUCGGAAUUGCAAAGACUGGUUCAGGUAAGACGCUAGCUUUUGUUUUACCAAUGCUCAGACAUAUUAAAGACCAGCCUGAGGUGGUGUCUGGUGAGGGUCCUAUUGGACUUGUCAUGGCUCCUACCAGGGAGCUUGUUCAACAGAUUUAUAGUGACAUCAAGAAGUUUGCAAAGCCAUUAAACAUCAACUGUGUGCCAGUGUAUGGAGGCUCAGGUGUUGCUCAGCAGAUCAGUGAGCUAAAGCGGGGUACUGAGAUUGUGGUUUGCACUCCUGGUCGGAUGAUAGAUAUUCUCUGCACAAGUGGUGGAAAAAUCACUAAUCUUCGCAGGGUAACCUUCUUGGUCAUGGAUGAAGCUGAUAGAAUGUUUGACAUGGGCUUUGAGCCUCAGAUCACCAGGAUAAUCCAGAAUACACGGCCGGAUCGCCAGACAGUUCUGUUUUCAGCUACAUUUCCUCGGCAAGUGGAAAUAUUAGCUCGCAAGGUGUUGAACAAGCCUGUCGAGAUCCAAGUUGGUGGUAGAAGUGUAGUUAACAAAGAUAUCACUCAAUUGGUUGAGGUUAGACCAGAAAGUGAGAGGUUCUUGAGGCUAUUGGAACUCCUAGGCGAAUGGUAUGAGAAGGGAAAGAUUCUUAUUUUUGUUCAUUCACAAGAUAAAUGUGAUGCUCUCUUUAGGGAUUUACUGAAGCAUGGUUAUCCGUGCCUGUCCCUUCAUGGUGCUAAGGAUCAGACUGACCGUGAAUCUACAAUAUCUGAUUUCAAGAGUAAUAUCUGCAACCUUUUAAUUGCCACUAGCAUUGCCGCAAGAGGUUUAGAUGUGAAAGAGCUUGAGCUUGUGGUGAACUUUGAUGUCCCGAACCACUAUGAAGAUUAUGUUCAUCGUGUUGGCAGAACUGGUCGAGCAGGCAGAAAAGGCUGUGCUAUCACAUUUAUUUCACAGGAAGAUGAGCGUUAUGCACCCGAUCUAGUGAAAGCCUUGGAACUUUCUGAACAAGCUGUUCCUGCAGAUCUGAAGGCAUUAGCUGAUGGCUUCAUGGCAAAGGUUAACCAGGGAACUGAGCAUGCUCAUGGAACUGGCUAUGGCGGAAGCGGUUUUAAGUUUAAUGAAGAAGAGGAUGAAGCAAGGAAAGCUGCAAAGAAAGCUCAGGCAAGAGAAUAUGGGUUUGAGGAAGAUAAAUCAGAUUCAGAUUCUGAGGAUGAAGGGGUGCGAAAGGCUGGUGGUGAUCUGUCGCAGGCUGCAGCAAUCGCUGCCCAAGUCGCAGCAUUAGCUGCAGUUUCGAAGGUAGCUAAUACUUCAAUGCCAGUUCAGGUUGCCACCCAAUUGCCUUUCGCUGGCGCCCUACCCUCUGGGAACCUUUCUAGUGUAGCUGCUCUAGCUUCCACUCCUGGCACUGCUUUGCCUGGAGAGGCUGCUGCUAGAGCAGCUGCAAUAGCUGCUGCAUUGAAUUUGCAGCACAAUUUGGCAAAGAUACAAGCUGAAGCUAUGCCUCAACACUAUGAAGCUGAGUUGGAGAUCAAUGACUUCCCACAGAAUGCUCGUUGGAAGGUCACCCACAAAGAGACGUUAGGUCCAAUUUCAGAGUGGACGGGAGCUGCUAUUACUACUAGGGGCCAAUACUUUCCACCAGGCAAGAUUGCUGGUCCAGGAGAACGCAAACUUUACCUAUAUAUUGAGGGCCCUACUGAGUCUUCUGUUAAGAAAGCUAAAGCUGAGGUGAAAAGAGUCCUGGAGGAUUACACAGCUCAGGCUUUGAAUCUUCCUAGUGCUUCCCAACCAGGAUGUGGCCUGUGCUUCUGCUUGCGCAUGUUGUUCGCGGAUGAUCCUGCACUGGCAUUCAGGGAGUCGGUCGUGGUGGUUAACAAUGGCAUCACAUGUCCGUAUGGCAAUUACGGAAAGUUUCUCAUUCUCCAGGUCCAGCUUUAUUGUUGAUCUCUGUGUUUUUCACGAUAUUGUCAUUGUCUGUGGUCAUUAUCUGUGAGAUACACCAAAUUGACCUUAUAAGUUGGUUGGGUGAGACUUACUUGCUUAGAGUUAGAAAUGUAGCAGCUUGUAAGACUAGACAUACGUCCCCUUUUUGUGUUUUCGGGACUUUGACAUCCACGGAUCUCAUUGGUUUGUGUCAGUCUUGAUUUCCAGCGCCACUGGCAAAUAAUUGUCUCAGGGCUUCUAUCUUCA